AUGAAGAACAAAAAGCCAUUUUCAUCAUCUUUUUGCCCAAUAAACAAUCUUGAUGAUGGUUGCCUUAUGCACAUCCUCAGCUUCUUGUCCCCAAUUCCAGAUCGGUAUAACACCGCCCUCGUUUGCCACAGAUGGUGUUACUUGGCAUGUCAUCCUCGCUUGUGGCUCCGAGUAGAACAAUCUGCCAAAGGUUUAUCAGAACCUGGAGUUUUCCCCAGCAUUGAGACAGCUGUCUCUGCUGCUAGGCCUGGUGACACCAUUCUAAUUGCAGCAGGUGGGAGGCAUCUUGCCUCUAAUAUUAAAAUAAACAAACCUCUUUGCCUGAUUGGUGGUGGUGAGCUUCCUGAUGAAACAACUCUCUUAUGUUCUCGAGGUUCAGACAGUGCACUGGAGUUCUUGUCUACUUCCAAACUAGCAAACUUAACAGUGAAGGCAGAGCUUGGUUGCUGCUUGCUUCACAGAAGUGGAAGGCUAACGAUAGACCUUUGCAUACUUCAAUGCGAGUCAAGCCCUUUAGACUAUCUCUCAUGUCCCAUCAUCAGUACAGCAGGCGGGAAUGAGGUGUUGUCUUCAGCUGUGAAGACUAAUGGUGAUAGAGUUUCCGUUUCUCAAACUAGGAUUGAAGGAGGUGCCAAAGCUGUCCUGACAAGCGGGGACCUCACAUUGCAGCGAGUUCGAGUCAUUUAUGCUCGAACUUCUGUUUAUUUCUGGUUUGAUGUAGAUUCUCAGUCAUGA